AUGAUCAUCCUCGCCCAAACACUCCUCUUAUGGCUCUCAAUUAUCUUCAUGUAUUUAAUCAAUACUAUCACCCUAGCUCAACAUUCGCUCAUUUAUCGUUACUGUGAAAACGCAACUAAUGAUACCAGAAACAGUACGUACCAAAGAAAUCUCGACAACACCCUCUCCGGCCUCCCCAACACCAACUCUGGAUUUGGUUUCUACAACUUCUCCACCGGCCAAGGAAACGACAGAGUCUACUCCAUCGCCCUUUGCCGGGGGGACGUCAAUUUCGAUUUGUGCCAGAGUUGUCUGAAUGUCUCUAUUGUUAGUUUGCGAGAAAACUGCCCUAACCAACGUGAAGCGAUGAUAUUCUACGAGUACUGUUUGUUGCAAUACUCCAACGAGACUAUUUUGGGAAACCCUCGAACAAAUAUGACUAGAUUUAUGUGGAACCUUGGAAAUGAAACCGAUCAGUCUCGGUUCAGUGGGUCUCCGGGGCCAUUGUUGAAACGGCUGACAGCGGAUGCGGCUGCUGGUGGUCCGUUACAAAAGCUUGCCGCCGGAAACACGACUAUACCCCCUUUCUCAACGAUUUAUGGGCUUGUUCAGUGUACUCCAGACUUAUCAGAAGCGCAGUGCAGUAGUUGCUUGGAUAAGUCACUCAAUACGUUUGCUAGUGAGGUCUAUACUGGGAGCAGUGGAGGGAGAGGUCUUCUACCCGCGUGUAAUUUUAGGUACGAGACAUAUGAGUUUUUUAACAUGAGUACUAUGGUUAUGUCCUCACCAUCACCGCCAAUCUGGCUUCAACCACCACCAGGUAAAAAUACAAGCAAAAGACGAACUGUGAUAAUAAUAAUUAUUAUUAUCAUAGUGUGUGUCGUCAUAGUAAUUACAUCUAUUUGUAUCUUCAUGAGGAAGAAGCAGCAGCAAAAGCCUCCAAUAAAAAAUCUAGAAAACGAAACCAUGGAUAUUAGCACUUCUGAAUGUUUGCAAUACAACUUUAGUACAAUGAAAGCAGCAACAUAUGACUUCUCGGAAGACAAUAAGCUCGGAAAAGGCGGAUUUGGAGCUGUUUAUAAGGGUAAACUUGGAGAUGGACAAGAAAUUGCAGUUAAGCGGCUAGCAAGGGAUUCUGGGCAAGGGGACAUAGAAUUCAAGAAUGAGGUUUUGCUUGUUGCCAAGCUUCAGCAUCGUAAUUUGGUUAGGUUGCUUGGUUUCAGCAUAGAAGGAAGUGAGCGACUUCUCAUUUACGAGUUACUGUCAAAUGCAAGUCUUGAUCAGUUUAUAUUUGAUCCAACUAAGCAUACAAUACUUGAUUGGGAAAAGCGAUACAAGAUUAUUAAAGGCGUUGCCAAGGGACUUUUAUACCUUCAUGAAGACUCCUGUCUAAUGAUUAUUCAUCGUGAUUUAAAAACCAGUAAUAUUUUGUUAGAUAUUGAAAUGAAUCCUAAAAUUGCGGAUUUUGGCAUGGCCAGAUUGUUUAACCCUGAGGAAACUCAAGGGGACACAAAUCGAAUAGUUGGAACCUAUGGUUACAUGGCACCAGAAUAUGCCAUGCACGGCCAAUUUUCAGUAAAAUCAGAUGUAUUUAGCUUCGGAGUUUUGGUGUUGGAAAUGGUAACAGGUCAAAAGAACCAAUACAUUCGUAAUGGAGAGAGCAUGGAACACUUUCUUAGCUAUGCAUGGAAAAGUUGGCAAAAUGGGACUGUGUCAAGCAUUAUAGAUCUCACAUUGACGACAGGAUCUGGUUCAUUAUGUGACAUCACUAGAAUUAUCCAUAUUGCCUUAUUAUGCGUUCAAGAAAAUUCUAGUGACAGGCCAACCAUGGCUGAGGUUGUUCAUAUGCUUAAUAGCUUCUCUCUCGUGCUUGCAAUACCAACAGAGCCUGCAUUUUUCAUGCGUGGUACCAUUCAUCCCCAAGUGCCACUCGUGAAUUUUUCCGAAAAUCUUGUCUCCGUAUCUGAAAUAGCUCCUAGAUAG